CCCACACUCACCCAUCAUGGCCUCCAGUCCCGAGCGCAGGCUGGUAGGCCAGAAUCUACUAUAUGCCAUCUCUAUAUUCGCAAGCCUUGGUGUCUUUCUUUUCGGCUAUGACCAAGGCGUUAUGUCUGGCCUUAUUACAGGCCCCCACUUUACUCGUUUCUUCCAGCAACCUACCGCACUUGAGACGGGCAGCAUGGUGGCUAUGCUAGAGAUCGGCGCGUUCGUCACGUCGCUGGCUGCGGGUCGCGUCGGUGAUACUAUUGGAAGGAAGGGAACGCUCUUCAUUGGCGCCGUCAUCUUUACGAUUGGAGGUGCUGUGCAGACGUUUACGCCCGGUUUCGUGAUCAUGGUGGUGGGACGUAUCAUCAGCGGAUUCGGUGUCGGCCUACUUUCCACCAUUGUGCCCAUCUACCAGAGCGAAGUCUCCCCUCCGAACCAUCGCGGUGCUCUCGCUUGUGCAGAAUUCAGCGGCAACGUCUUUGGAUACGUGGUCUCUGUCUGGGCCGACUACUUCUGCUCCUUCAUCGACAGCGACAUGUCCUGGCGUGUCCCCCUUUUCAUGCAGUGCGUGAUUGGCGCGCUCUUGGCCGCGGGAUCCCUCGUCAUGCCGGAAAGUCCGAGAUGGCUAAUCGACACCGACAAAGACACUGAGGGUCUCCGCAUCCUCGCCGACCUCCACGACGGCGACAUCCACAAUCCCGACGCCAAAGCCGAAUUUCGCGAAAUCAAAGACAAGGUCUUGAGCGAGCGUGCUCUGGGCGAGGGCCGCUCGUACGCGACGAUGUAUCGCAAGUACAAGCGGAGGGUUCUAUUGGCGAUGUCGUCGCAGGCUUUUGCGCAGUUGAACGGGAUCAAUGUCAUCUCGUACUAUGCUCCCAGGGUAUUCGAAGAGGCCGGCUGGCUCGGCCGUCAAGCCAUCCUCAUGACCGGCAUCAACGCCAUCGUAUACCUUCUUAGCACACUCCCGCCUUGGAUUCUCGUCGACCGGUGGGGCAGGCGGCCCAUCUUGCUAUCCGGAGGUGUCAUCAUGUGCAUCUCCCUCUGCGCCACAGGCUACUGGAUGUAUAUGGACGUCGCGCAGACGCCCAACGCCGUCGUCGCCUGCGUCAUCAUCUUCAACGCUGCCUUUGGGUACAGCUGGGGCCCGAUCCCUUGGCUAUACCCGCCUGAGAUCAUGCCGCUGACUUUCCGCGCGAAGGGCGUGUCGCUGUCGACGGCGACGAAUUGGGCAUUCAACUUCGUCGUGGGCGAGACGACGCCGUACCUGCAAGAAGUCAUCACUUGGCGCGUAUACGUUAUGCAUGGGUUCUUCUGCGCGUGUAGCUGUAUCUUGGUAUAUUUCCUUUACCCCGAAACCAAGGGCGUCCCGCUCGAAGAAAUGGACGCCGUCUUCGGCGAAGCAUCCGACGAGGAGAAUAUCAAGCUGGCCACCACCGAAGCCGCGGAGCCCCUCCUUGCCGCGGAGACGCGCGAGACGGCCUAUCCACCCAUUGCGGGCGCCAAGACAUCGUGGCUAGGCAAGCUCAAUGGCAGGGACACUGCUGCAUACGAGCCGCUCGUGGGCGACGAGGACCUGCGGGAGGCGGAGCAGUACGAGCUCGGGGAGGGGAGGGCCCGUUUGCGGGAGGACUAGGCGCGCUUACCAGCGUGUCGUUGAUCCAGCGACGUGCAGUGGGGCCUAUGGCGGCCUCUCGCAGCGAAAGACAGAGAUGACGGACGCUCCUAGCAUAGUACACUAUAUUCUGCCCCUCUUUUGCACUAAUUUAUUGCAGUGGAAUAUUUAUGACACCGACAUGCGCUAAGACCAGCUGCGAUAGGUAGGGUU